CCAGACUCUGUUGGCUGCUUUUUUAAGACUUGCUAAGUGGCCAGCUGAAAUGACAGACAUGUGUCUGCAGAGGAAGACCUUUGCCUUCACCCUGGAGAGAAGGGGCCGGGCUGCAGCCUCUGAUGCCCCUGGAGACGAGCCCCAAAUCUGGGCAGAGCUGGGGCAGGAAGGCAGAGCCCACGGGGCCAGAUGCUAGGGGCAGCGGGAGCCCUGCUGUGUCCAGGCUGGAGUGUCCACACCUUCGCCUGCCACGAGGUUUCACUACUGGUGCAGGAGGUGAUGGCGGAGGCCCCUUCCUGAGGCUGGGCCGGGAGCUGCGACAUGACCGUGGAGCUCAGGGACGUCCUGGUGCUGCUGCCCACGCGGGAACAGCUGCGGCUGGUCGUGGGGUCAGCACACACAGGACGACACGUGAGCAAGGUGGAAGGACUGGCGCUCUCUACACAGGGGUGCCUAGACCUCAGCCUUGCUCUCAGGAGUGGCCUGUGCAGUGUUGGGUUGGGGGACAGAGCCCAGUGGGCACAUCCUGGCAUGCAGCUCACCGCACACCUGUCUUGGGCGCCCCGACCUCAUGCAGACUCCUGUACUGAGGUGCAGGCCACGGGGCGCGAGCUCUUCCAGCAGGUGUGUGACAAGACCAGCAUCAGAGAAGUCCACUUCUUUGGCCUCAGCGUGGUCAGAAACAACGAGUAUAUGUUCAUGGACUUGGAGCAAAAACUCAGCAAAUACUUCUCAAAGGACUGGAGGAGAGAAAUGCACCAAGCACCCGGGAGACGCAGGGCCCCCUUCGUGACCUUCCUCAGAGUGCAGUACUACGUGGAAAAUGGGCGGGUCAUAAGCGACAGGACAGCCAGGCACCUGUACUACUGCCACCUGAAGGAGCAGGUGCUGAGGUCCCAGUGCGUCCACCGCGAGGCGGCCUACUUCCUGCUGGCUGCCUACGGGCUGCAGGCUGACCUGGGCAACCACCGCGAGCGGGCCCACGUGGGCCGGUACUUCGAGCCACAAGCCUACUUCCCGCAGUGGGUGAUCACCAAGAGGGGCAGCGCCUACAUCCUCAGACAUGCACCCGCCGUGCACCGCGAGCAGCGGGGCCUGAGCCCCAAGGAGGCCGUGCUGCGCUUCAUCAGGGAGGCCUGCCAGCUGGAGGACGUGCCCGUCCACUUCUUCAGGCUGUACAAGGAUAAGAAGGAAGAAAGACCUACCAUUGUCCUGGGACUGACACUUAAAGGAAUGCACAUCUAUCAGGAGGUGAACCACACCCCACAGCUGCUGUACGACUUCCCCUGGUCCCAGAUUGGGAAGCUGGCAUUCCUGGGGAAGAAGUUCGAGAUCCGGCCGGACGGGCUGCCCUCGGCCCGGAAGCUGGUGUACUACACGGGCUGUGCCUCGAGCUCCCGCCACCUGCUGCAUCUGCUCCGCACCAGCCACCAGCUGCACCUCAGCCUGCAGCCCACACUGCGGGGGCUGCGGCAGCUCGAGGAGGAGCAAGAGAAGAAGUGCUACCGGGAGUCGUACAUCAGCGACGCACUGGAGCUGGACCUGCACCCAGCCAGCAGCGGGGACAGCGGCGACAGUGGGGCCAGUGGCCGGCGUCCUUCCCCCCACCUCUCGCUCCUGUCGGCCGACAGCCAGGGCAGUUCCUUGGGCCUGGAGCCCGGGGAGAUGUCAGUGGACGGGUCCUUGGGGACCGAGGCACUCCAUGGGGAGGUGCCGUCCUGCAGCUCUAGCACCAGCCCAAGCAGCAGGGACACAGACGGUGGUAGCAGAGGCUGGCGGGACAGGGAUGCACAGGACCUGGAUCCAGGGAAGGCCUCUCGUCCCCGGGAGCCCAUGGCAGUACUGCAGGUCACACUGGUCAGGAUGAGGGGCCGCAGUGCCAAGACCCUGCACCAGAUCCCUGAGGCAACCACAAGCCACAUGGACCAGCACAGCCGCAGCCUGGAUGACGUGCGUCCGCGCCCCGCCCCGCGCCCCGCCCCGCGCCCCAAGCCCUUCCCGCGCAGCUGCCCCCUCGGCUUUGAGCUGGACCCCAGACCCCUGGUCCUCUACGAGAGGAGGUCCACGAACUGCCUCUCCCUGGACCUGCUCGGGGAGGACCAGCUUCCGGAGGAAUUUGUGGUGUAGGCGCUCGUGGCGCAGCUCUGUCCGUGCUGCACAACUCGGUCCAUGCUGUGGGGCUCCGCCCAUGAGGGGCUCCGUCCACGAUGCACGGCUCUGCCCACAUGGGACUCCAUCCACGCUGCAGGCUCCGCGCACGUGGGAUUCCACCCACACAGCAGACUCAGCCCAUGCAGGGCUCAGUCUACUCUUCAGACUUCGUUCACGUGGGAUUCCAUCCACUGGUACAGGCUCUGUCGAUGUGGGAAUCCAUCCACGCUGCAGGCUCCGUUCAUGCAAGACUUCAGCCACGCUGCAGGCUCCGCCCACGACGCACGACUCAGUCCGAGCAGCAGGGUUCCGUCCCUCGGUCCACUCGGGUGAAGCUCCGUUGGCGCCUUGCCAGCCUCCCGAGUCAGGCCAGUCUCUGACCCUCUUUUUGCCCUGGAGGUGCCCACCAGAACCGGGUGCCUGUUGACCCAGGCUUCAGGCGCCAUCCCAUCUACCCGAGACAAUUCCCCGUGUCUUCGCCUGUCAGAGGCGUGGAGCCGGCUCUAAUGGUGGAGCGUAGGUCCCACGUCUCCUGGGGACCACAGCAGGCCUGAGCUCCUCCGGAGGGCUGUCCAGGACCAGUGGUGGCGUGGAGGACCUCUAACCUGCGCGGGACGGCUGGGGUUCUCUCUGCCAUUGACUCCCCCUGGAUGGCUAGCCAAGUGCACAGGCUUUCCCGGAGUCCUUGAGCUCAAGGUCACAGUCAUGCCCCACCCCAGGCUCUGGGGAGAACACUCUGCAGUUCUUGCUGCUCACAGCCCUGGGCCUGCAGACAGGCCCCUCUGUGAGGUGUGGGCCCAGCUCUGUCACCCCGGAUCUGCAGGCGGACACCCCACUGUCUGCCAUCCACAGAAGUGUCCACACAGACGUGUGGACACCCGCUUCCCACGGAGCUCAUCAGAACCACAGCAGGAAGCCCCAGCGGCACCACGGCCGUGUCCUGUAUAUGCCUGGCUCUCUGUGAGACACAAGAGAAGCCUGCACAGAGCCAGGGUCUCUCCCUCCUUCCAAGCACAAGUGGAGUUUGAAAACGAGGGGUGACAUGUGUUCCUUGUCCCUCCCCCAGAUAUGCACCCGGUCCCCAGGGCUGUGAGCUGUCGGCAGCAGGGGCUUCUGGGCUGCCAGCCUGGGUCAGUGCCAGUCACCCUUUAAGGGUCAUUGCCACUGGCCACCCCCACCCUCCACCAGGAUAUUGGAGGGGGGUGGGGGCAAAGAUGGGGCUGUACCUUCCCCCUCCGUGUGGGGGAUCAGAGACGCUGCCCCCCAUGCCAGCCUCCAGUGGUGGCUGCACAGGGCCUGCAGCCGGGCACUGUUUUGCAGGCCAUGCUGCUAAGACUCCUGGAAGGUGUCUGGGAGGGGCUGUGGGGGCCUUCGGGGCCCUCCCACGGUGCGUGAGAGCCUGGCGAGCAAAACAGCGUGACAGCAGACGCAUGACUCCAGGCUCAGCACCCACAUGGAGUGGACAGUGGACCCGCAUGGUCAGGAGUGGUGUCCGCAGACCAGAAGGCCUGGCCGUAGUGCAUGGCUGUUUCCUGUCAGCCAGGCGGCCAG